AUGGACACUCCUAGGACCAAAACGCCUGCACCAGCCCCUGGAAAACUAGCAACCACAUGGAGAAUUCCAAAGAAAACCAACGCACAGGAUUCCAUGCUACCUGGCACCACACACCCCCCGGCCAGGACUACUACCACACAACCAACAUCUGACACCUCCAGGAAACGAAAAUCACCAUCCGAGUUGUUCCUCGAACUAGGCUUGGACCUACCGGACCUGGACCUGUUAUCUCCACUACAUUCGCCCGUCAGCGCACCUCCGCCACCUUCCAAUGGACUUCCACCGGCCAUACAGACUCCGCCAUUCUCCCCACCCCCGAUUCCGGAACACACUGCUACACCGUUAACAGCAGAAUCACCAACGACACCAGGUCCCUCAGUGGCAGCGCCCCUGGAGUCCGAGCCCUUACCACUUUACGCCACAACAGAUUAA